AUGGCGUCACACGCGGACAGUGCGCACGACCUGCUGGAUCUCGACAUAUCGACAUUGCGGCAAUUCGUCGAGCUGUUCCCCAACGAGGGACUAUCAAAAGUCAUCACAGGCUGGUUAAGCAGCGGUAUAUCAAGAUACCCGCUUGUAGAAGAAGGCGACUCAAGAGAAGGACCUGACCUGAGCGAGGGUGGGGUAGCUCUUACUCAAGAUGUUCCAGUCUCACAGGAGGACUGUCUGGUGUUGAUGACUGAAGGAAUUACCGAGGCGGGAAGAUCGCCACUUGCACAUUGCUUGCUCGGAGACUACUACCUGUCCUUGGAGGAGUACGAAAGCGCGGUCGAGAGCACAAGGAAAGGCUUGAAAUAUGCUGCUGCGGAGGCUAAGAAGACCGACUUAUCACUUCAGAGAACUCGCGACGCUUUGAGUAGUACGCUUGCUACUGCUUUAGUUUAUUACCAGGCCCCAAGAAAUCAUCUGGAAGCCAAGGGUAUCUUCGAAUCCAUCUUGAAACGCAAGCCACAGUUUACCUCUGCUCUCAUCGGCAUCGGGUUGGUCCUAGAAGAAGAAGAGGAAUAUGAGCAAGCCUUCCAAUUCCUUGAGAAGGCGCUAAAGCAAGAUCCCUCAAAUGGUCGCAUAGGUGCAGAAUCAGCUUGGUGUCAAGCACUUGCCGGCGACUACAAGACUGGUUUGGAAAGGCUCCAGGAGUACCUCGACUACCCGCAGCUCGAUGCCUCUAAGCAACGUGGCCGCGAGCUCCACGCACAGACACUUUAUAGAAUAGGUGUAUGUAUAUGGGAGCUCGAUCCGUCCAAGCAAGCGAGGAAGGACCGCCAAGGAACGUAUGCGAAGCUGCUCGCAGCGAUCAAAGCAAACCCGAACUAUGCGCCAGCAUACACUCUGCUUGGCAUCUUCUACGAAGAUUACAAUAAGGACCGCAGACGAGCACGGCAGUGCUUCCAAAAAGCCUUCGAGCUAUCGCCCUCUGAGGUCGUCGCAGCUGAGCGCCUUGCUCGCCUUUUCGCCAAUCAAGGCGAGUGGGACAUUGUCGAGGUCGUGUCCCAGCGAGUGGUAGACUCCGGAAAAGCCCGUCAGACACCAGGAUCGAAACGAAAAGGCGUCAGCUGGCCGUUCUCUGCACUCGGUGUCGUCCAGAUGAACAAGCAAGAGUAUCAGAAGAGUAUUGUGUCCUUCUUAUCUGCACUACGCAUCAGUCCAGACGACUACUACUCCUACGUCGGUCUCGGAGAGAGCUACCACAACUCUGGUCGAUAUAACUCAGCAUCACGCGCGUUCAACUAUGCAGAAAACCCGACAGAUGGCGUUAUUUUGAAGAGGUCUGACCAAGAGGGGUGGUUCACCAAGUACAUGCUCGCCAACGUCAACCGCGAGUUGAGUGAGUUCAACGAAGCUCUUGCAGGUUACGAAGCUGUACUAGCGUCUCGACCGAAAGAGUUUGGUGUCUCGAUAGCACUUCUGCAGACUCUCGUAGAGAAGGGCUGGCAUUGCAUUGAAACCGGUUUCUUCGGCGAGGCUGCCGAUAGCGCGACCCGCGGUAUCGAAGUUGCGAUGUCGAUCACUGAGUACAAGCCGGAUGCUUUCAACCUCUGGAAAGCUGUUGGCGAUGCCUGCAGUUUGUUCACCUGGGUCCAAGAUAAACUCAAGCAGUUUCCAGUGGAGCUGAUCGAGAAGGUGCUGCGUAGCAAGUCGGAUAUGAACAUCGAUUUUGAUGAACACAAGGAUAUCGAUGGGCUCGGACAGCAUACGCUGGCUGCACUUUCCGCAGAUAAAGACGAUACUCUCACCAAGGUGCUCAAAGCCUCAAUACUUGCACAAAAACGAGCAGUUUCCAGUUGUGCACAUGACAUACACGCACAGGCUGUAGCGUGGUACAACCUAGGCUGGACAGAGUACAGAGCACAUGUCUGCUUAGAGCAGGAAGGCAUUGAGGGGUCGAAACUCACAACAUACCUUCGAGCAGCCAUGAAAUGUUUCAAGCGUGCUAUCGAACUAGAAGCCGGUAACUCGGAGUUCUGGAACUCGCUUGGUGUUAUUACGACUACACUGAGCCCCAAGGUCGCUCAGCACGCCUUUGUUCGCUCCCUACAUCUCAACGAACGAAGUGUGCACACCUGGACGAACCUAGGAGCGCUUUACUUGUUACAAAAUGAUCACGAACUUGCGCACACCGCCUUCUCAAGGGCGCAAUCGCAAGACCCCGACUACUCAUUAGCAUGGGUCGGCGAAGGCAUCGUCGCAUUGCUCACCGGGGAUUCCAACGAGGCGCUCUCUCACUUCACUCACGCAUUCGAGCUUUCAGAGUCGUCACUGCUUUUGACUAAACGUCAGUACGCCGUCUCGGCUUUCGACUUCCUUGUGUCUUCGCCUUCGUCAUCCAGCAACAUCACGAACCUCAUACAACCUCUGUUCGCGCUCCAACAGCUCAACAUACAAGUACCUUACGACAUCCCACAUAAGCACCUAGCAGCCUUGUUCUUGGAGCGUAUUGGUAACUAUGACGCUGCUGUAGCAGCUAUGCAAGCUGUGAACGAGACAGUAGAGCAAGAAUAUGAGAAGUCAGAGUCGCUGGCGUCCCUAGCUCGUGUUGCACAAGCCAAGACGGAUCUGUCCCGCAACCUCCUCGCUACCGAAUCCUACCAUUCGGCCGCGGAAGAAGCUGAGACCGCACUUGAUCUGCUGUCUGAAUUGGACAGCGAUGCCAAACAGUCAGCAUUAUCCGGUGACCAAAUCUCGAAGACCAAGCUAUCAGCUCGUCUCACAGCUGGUCUAGCACACUACUUUAGUGGCUCCUUCGACGCCGCGAUACCGUAUUUCCGAACAUCGCUCGAGGCAACUGGGGCCAACCCAGACAUCAUCUGCAUUCUCGCAGAAGUACUUUGGGCCAAGGGCGGAGAGAACGAGAAGCAAGUGGCUCGCGACCAGCUCUUUACCGCCAUUGAGAAGCACGAAGGCCAUGUUGGCUUGCUGACCCUCAUUGGCGCCAUGACAGUACUCGACGAUGACUUGGAAACCAUGGAAGCCAUCAAAGACGAUCUGGACCGACUGCGCACGAACAAGGAGCUCGGCGACGAACAGUUGGCACGCGUGGAGAAGGUUAUCGAAGCCAUCUCAGUCAGUCUAGGUGGUGAGGAGCAAGAGUUGGAUGAGGCUCGUCGCAGUGUCAUGCUUGCCCCCUGGAAACACACUGGUUGGACAGAGCUCGCCGACGCUGCUGAAGGUGAUGCGUUCGCCAGCACGCUUGCAAAGGAAACUGCGAUGCGCAACGCACCGCCGAAUGGUACGCUUGGUGCUGUUGGGUUGUCAGGCGCGAUGGGUGGUACCGGCGACGUGGGAGAUGCUCAGAGGGCAGUCGUACUUGCGCCUUGGGUCGCCGACAGCUGGAGUGGCUUGGCUGAGUGUGUUCAAAGCGCUUGA